AAGGAAGACGAAACGAACGAGAGCCACCAGGGCAGACCGGCCAAACAGAACCAAGGAAGGAAUCGGGCGGCGGAAAGGGACCAACAGCGUAUAGGGAUCAUCGAAUCAUCGCUGUGGCCGCCGCCCUCCGUCCAGACACACGAAUCCUUCCUCCGCCCACAAAAAGCUUCCUUUUCCAUUUCCCUUGGCUUUUCCUUCCUGGUCUGGAGGGCGGACGGUGGCCGGCCAAAAAGAAGGCACGCGGAGGGAGGGAAUUUGCCAAGGGAGCGGAGAUGCCGUCGCCGCUGGUCGACCGCGCCACGAGCGACGUGCUCAUCGGCCCCGACUGGGCGAUGAACCUGGAGAUCUGCGACACCCUCAACCGCGACCCUGGGAAAGCCAAAGACGCUGUGAAGUCUCUGAAAAAACGCAUUGCACACAAGAACUCAAAGGUCCAGCUUCUUGCACUCACGUUGCUGGAGACUAUGAUUAAGAAUUGUGGGGACAUUGUCCAUAUGUAUGUUGCUGAGAGAGACAUACUUCAUGAAAUGGUGAAGAUAGUUAAAAAAAAGCCUGAUUUUCACGUAAAAGAGAAGAUUCUCACUCUGAUAGACACUUGGCAAGAAGUUUUCGGUGGUGUACGUGCAAGAUAUCCACAGUAUUAUGCAGCAUACCAGGAGCUCUUGCGUGCUGGAGCCAUAUUUCCUGAAAGACCAAAUGGUUCUGUACCAAUAUUUACUCCUCCACAAACUCGGCCUCUAAACUAUCCCCUUCCUUUGCGCGAUGCUGAGCAAGAGGCCCCUGAAUCGUCAAUGCAGGAUUUCCCUUCCAUAAGCCUGACAGAGAUUCAGAAUGCACGGGAUAUCAUGGAUGUUCUUUCAGAGAUGCUGAAUGCUUUAGAUCCUGGUAAAAAAGAGGAACUUCGGCAGGAGGUCAUUGUUGACCUUGUGGAUCAGUGUCGUUCCUACAAGCAGAGAGUGGUACAACUUGUCAACAGUACCUCGGACGAGGAAUUGCUGGGCCAGGGCCUUUCUUUCAAUGAUGAUUUGCAGCGUGUCCUAGGAAAACACGAUGCUAUUGCUGCGGGCAUAGCGGUUCUGGUCGAAAAGCCGAGAUUACUCCAGGCCCAGAUUGACAAUUCUCCACUAGCAAAGCAAGAUACUAUAAAAGAAUCAGUUCAAAGGACUUCAGCAACUACAAGUGCAAGCAAGCAGUCACCCUUUGUGCAACUAGCACUUCCUGCGCCUCCAUCAUCUAGCAGUCCAAAAGCUGUUGUUGCACCUGCACCCAGUUUUGACCUCCUUAGUGGAGAUGAUUACAUCAAACCUGAGCCUGCAAACUCACUGGCGCUUGUUCCUGUCACUGAAUACUCAGCUUCAGACCAGAAUGUAUUAGCCCUUGCAGACAUGUUUCAACAAAAUAGCGCCACUGCCAACAAGAGCAACCAAAACCUUACAAACUCUUCUGUUUCAUUAACUCCAAAUUCUACUUUCCCCACAUCUCUAGCAUAUCCUACUCCAGUGCAACCAAUACUGCCCCAGCAUCCCGCUUAUUCAAAUGGGGACAUUUCUAAUGCCAUCGUACCUUAUGAUCAACAGUCUCAAUUGAACUCCACAAGUUCAUGGAAUGGACAUCCUGCUUACGGAAUGAAUUCUCAACGGCAAGCACUAAACUAUGGUGUAGAGGAUCAAAACGGAGACCUUCCACCACCACCCUGGGAACUUCAGCAGUCGAUGGCUAACCAACCCCAAGACAACCAACUUGGUGCUAUGUCAUUGCAACCAGGACAACCUGUGGUCAUGCAAGCCCAGUCAACACAAGUUAGUCAAUUUGGUCAAGGAUUUAUGUCAUCGCGACAAAUGCCGAGGGAGCAACCAGGAGGAAUGCACUUGCAACCAGAGCUCCGCACACAGAAUAGGUCCCUACAACAAUCACUGACACUGCCGAACAUGCAAUAUGGGGUGUAUCCUUCGAUGCAAACUAACCAAGGAAUGGGCAUGAAUUCCCAGUCAAUGAGUGGAGGGGAGUUUUACGGCAUGAACCAUCAACAGUUGUAUGCUCUCCAAAUGGCCGGUUAUGGGUAUGGGCAGCAGUCUGGAGGCUACUAUAUUCCUAAUGCCGCAUAUGCGUAUACCAGCGCAAAUGAGCUUUCCGAGAGAAUGAAUGGUAUUUCAGUCCAAGAUGGUACUUCGAAUGGAGCAGCGGCAUCCUUUUCCCUGAAGCACCCAAAUAAAACAAGCCAACCAGAAGACUCUCUCUUUGGCGAUCUUGUUAGUAUCGCCAAAAUGAAGCAGAACAAACCUGCAGCGGGUAAGGUCGGUGGCUUGUAAGAAGAAUAAUAGCUGAGUAGAUGUGUUAUUUCACCUCAUUUGCCAGAAGCAAGAGUUUUUCUUCGUAGUACAUAAUUCUUUCACCACUUUUUGUGCGAUGCUAGACGGCUUAUUGAUGUAAAUUCUAUUUUUAGGUAGAGAUAUAUAUUGAAAAAUUUGUAAAUCAUGAAUUGUGAUUCAUGUAUGAUUUGUCAUAGCAAAUGUGUUUAUAUAGUACAGUUAUAAAAUGUAGUGUCAUCAACAUCUAUCUAUACAAAUAUUAGGAAGUGACAAAGAGUUCACGGCAUUACUAC